CUUUUAAAAAACGAUUGACACUCUGGAGGGGCGGGGGAAUUGAUAAGUUGGGACUACCGGACAGCUUCUCAGGUUGCUAAGCGACGAGGCGGGAGCGCACGCACACCCUGGCUGCUUUGUAGCACCUGAGGAAACUGUGGCGGCGGCGGCGGCGGCGGCGGCGUCCUGGAGACCCAAGAGACCAAGCGAGCGUGUCGCUCCCUCUCGGGUCCGAGGACCUAGCCCAGGAACCUUCUGCCCGGGGUAGUGUCUGGUGAUGAGGCGAGAGUUUUGCUGGGACGCCUACUCCAAAGCGGCCGGGAGUCGCGCUUCUUCCCCACUCCCGAGACAGACCUUCACUGCAAGAAAUGCUAAAGGAAAUUCUUCAGGCUGAAAGGAAAUGAUACCAGAUGGAAACUUGGAUCUGAGGAAUGGAGAACUCCAGAAAUGGACAGAGAUUCCUUCUGCCAUCAGAUGUCUUUCUGCUUGACUGAACUGCACCUGUGGUCUUUGAAGAAUACCUUACACAUUGCGGAUAGAGACAUUGGGAUCUACCAGUAUUAUGACAAGAAAGAUCCACCAGCGACAGAGCAUGGUAACUUAGAAAAGAAGCAGAAGCUGGCAGAGUCACGAGAUUAUCCUUGGACGCUCAAAAACAGACGCCCAGAAAAACUCCGAGACUCGCUCAAAGAGUUGGAGGAGCUGAUGCAAAACAGUCGGUGUGUGCUAAGCAAAUGGAAGAACAAAUAUGUCUGUCAGCUCCUUUUUGGUUCAGGUGUGCUGGUGUCUCUAAGCCUUUCUGGGCCGCAGCUGGAGAAAGUGGUGAUUGACAGAAGCCUGGUGGGGAAGCUCAUCUCAGACACCAUCAGUGAUGCUCUUCUCACAGACAGUUUUAUCAUCUUAUCAUUUUUGGCACAAAACAAACUAUGUUUUAUUCAGUUUACCAAGAAGAUGGAUUCUUCUGAUGUAAACAAAAGACUGGAAAAACUCUCAGCCUUGGAUUAUAAGAUUUUCUAUUAUGAAAUACCUGGCCCAAUAAACAAGACAACAGAGCGACAUCUAGCUAUCAACUGUGUUCAUGAUAGAGUUGUUUGCUGGUGGCCACUGGUCAACGAUGAUGCUUGGCCUUGGGCCCCCAUUUCUUCUGAGAAGGACAGAGCCAAUCUACUCCUCCUGGGUUAUGCUCAAGGAAGACUAGAGGUUCUGAGUUCUCUCCGCACAGAAUGGGACCCACUGGAUGUUCGCUUUGGCACCAAACAGCCUUAUCAGGUGUUCACAGUGGAGCACUCCGUAAGUGUAGACAAAGAGCCCAUGGCUGACAGCUGCAUCUAUGAAUGCAUUCGGAAUAAAAUCCAGUGUGUGUCAGUCACCAGAAUACCACUAAAGUCAAAGGCCAUCAGCUGCUGCAGGAAUGUUACUGAAGACAAACUGAUUCUGGGCUGUGAAGAUUCUUCGCUAAUUCUUUAUGAAACUCACCGUAGAGUGACUCUCUUAGCACAGACUGAACUUUUGCCUUCAUUAAUAAGCUGCCACCCAAGUGGUGCCAUUCUGUUAGUUGGCAGCAACCAAGGGGAGUUGCAAAUUUUUGAUAUGGCUCUAUCCCCUAUUAACAUCCAACUGUUGGCUGAAGACCGCUUACCCAGGGAGACUCUGCAAUUCAGUAAAUUAUUUGAUGCCUCCAGCAGUCUUGUUCAAAUGCAAUGGAUAGCUCCUCAGGUUGUUUCUCAGAAGGGUGAAGGUAGUGAUAUCUAUGAUCUCCUCUUCCUCAGGUUUGAAAGAGGACCUUUGGGUGUGCUGUUGUUUAAACUAGGCGUCUUCACUCGAGGACAGCUGGGCCUGAUAGACAUCAUCUUCCAGUACAUUCACUGUGAUGAGAUCUAUGAGGCAAUAAACAUCCUGAGCAGCAUGAACUGGGACACUCUGGGCCACCAGUGCUUUAUCAGCAUGAGCGCCAUUGUAAACCAUCUUCUUAGACAGAAGCUCACUCCAGAGAGAGAAGCACAGCUUGAGACAAGCCUUGGAACCUUCUAUGCUCCAACAAGACCACUUCUGGAUUCCACUAUAUUGGAAUAUAGAGAUCAAAUCAGCAAAUAUGCAAGGAGAUUCUUCCAUCACUUGCUCAGGUACCAGAGGUUUGAAAAGGCAUUUCUCCUAGCUGUUGACAUUGGUGCUCGUGACCUCUUUAUGGAUAUUCAUUACCUUGCACUAGAUAAAGGUGAAUUGGCACUAGCUGAAGUGGCAAGAAAAAGAGCUAGUGACAUUGAUGCAGAAUCAAUAACCUCUGGGGUUGAACUCCUGGGACCCUUGGACAGAGGGGAUAUGCUAAAUGAAGCAUUUAUUGGCCUGUCUUUAGCACCUCAAGGAGAAGACUCAUUUCCAGAUAACCUCCCUCCCUCUUGCCCAACCCACAGACAUAUUUUACAACAAAGAAUACUGAAUGGCUCUUCUAACAGACGGAGAACUGAGAGAAGACGGCAGAGAACAGGAAAUCAGAGAUGGUGGUUCUCUCAAAAUGAUUCACUUUGGUCUGGUGUAAACAUUAAGAAAAAAAGAGAACUGCCUUCUUCAUAUCUAAACUUUUCAUGGCCUGAUACAGACUUAAAAUCCCCCGUGUGGAUUUUUAACAAGAGACAGUAUGAAUCAUAUAAAUUAGUUAAGAGUUUUGAGUUGAGUGUUUUCAAAAUAAAGUUUUAUUAUUUCAAAAACAUGCAGCAUAACAGCAAAGUGAUCGCCUACUUGGUUGUUGUCGAAAUGGGCAAGUUUGUGAAACCUGGGAGAGUGGUGCUGGUCCUGGCCUGAUGCUACUCUGGACUCAAAGCCAACACAUCAUCAUGUAGAACAUCGAUGACGGCACUUCAGAUCACCCCUACAACCGUAUCUCUGGUGUCUGGAAUUGACCACUGUCCCUACAAAGUGACAGGUGCCAUAGGCAAGAAGAUCACCAAAAGGUCAAAGAUCAAGUCUGUUGCGCAAAUUUAUAAAUACAAUCAUUUCAUGCCCACAAAUACUCUGUGAUAUCCCCUGGGGCAAAACUGUCUUCAACAAGGAUGGCUUCAGAGACCCUGCUCUUAAACACAAGGCCCAGUGGGAUUAUUGUUAACUAUAGUCAUGCUACUGUGCUAUACAACCCUAGCACUUUUUCCUUCCAUCUAAUUAUUUUAUACCCAUUAACCAACCUUUCUUCCACUGCACCCCUUCCCAGCUCUAGAACCAUCGGAGAACAGAUAUCUCUUAAUCUUAUUAUUUUUCCUCUAAAUUUAAGAAUAUAUAUUCAUGAUGGAACAUUUGAAAAAAUUACGUAAGUUAUUACAAAAUAAAAUUAAAAAUGUGUGCUUCCUUUCAUUGUCCUUUAUUAUAAAUAUAUUUUUCUUAUAAAACUAGGGUCACAUAAUAUGUAUAGUUUACUAUCCUGUUUUUUGUAAUGAGCAUUUUGUAAUUACACUUAAACAUUUAUCUGUUGAUUAACAUUUUAAUCACUUUUCAGUUUAAGGUUUAUAUUAAUACUAAUGUCUUUUUGUUGUUUAUAUAUACAUAUUUCUGGUUAUUUCCUUAGGACAAACUGGAAUGUUGUGUGAAAGAAAAUAAGUAUUUUUAAGAAUUGUAAAAUACAUUACCACAUUGUUUUCCACAAAGUUUUAUAAAUUCUGAGGAAACAUGUUUGUAUGUGGUAUUUUUUAAACUGAAUCCUCAAUAUAUUGGUUUCAUUUUUCUCUGUAAAUUUGACAAGCUAUUUUCAUUGCACUUAUUAUAUUGUGAACAACUUUUCAAA